GGUCUGGGUUAACUCGGCUCCACCUAAUGUAUCCACUCGCAGUAUCACGGUGACUUUCUAUCCAGGUUCGGGAGCUGAGCGCAAGCGUGAUCCACGGGAACGGAUCUGCAAUAUUCGGCCGCCGCAGGUCUUUUGUGAUCCUCUAUUAUGAGAACUUUCAUCUCAGCUCUUUUGAUUUCUGUCAUUCUCAUGUUUGAUCAUUUCAUUUUGACCAUCAUUGUGUCGUCUUUUUAGUUUUUUUUCUCUGCUGCUCUGACCACAAAUUGUUGCUACCUCCACCAGCGCCAUCUGAAAGGGGAAUAUCAUUCCAUUCCACCGCUCGGCUUUGCCCUCGCUGCUGUGGAUUUGAUGCGAAUUGCCGGACUCAAACAAAGGGGAUUUAUUAUUAUUUUUCUUCUUGUUCUUCUUCACCGAGGAAUGUAUAGAGACGGCUUGAGGUGUGCGCUCUGAGCGGGGGAGAAUAUAUAUUUGAUAUCAUACAAACUAUGUUUUUUUGCUUUGUGGAGGUCUCUCUCGCGACGAUGCUGUAGAGCGCGUCAGAGUCUGUGGUCAACGCGCAUCCCCAUUGGAUCGGGAUACAAAGCGAAGAACGACCUUUCCCCCUUUUUUGGAGACAUUGUCGUUGGAAAAGAUUUGGGUGGGGGACAGGUAUUUUGAAUUUGUCCAAACUCGUGCACCCACCUGAAGGCACGCCGUACAGUCAGGCAAUGGGGGACUCGAUGUGGAGUUAUUAUUUUGGAGUUCUCUUUCUUGUCUUCAAAGUGGACAUGUGUCGGGCGCUCAUUUUGGAGUCAAUCUAUUGGAACACGACAAAUACCAAAUUCGUGCCAGGACAAGGUGUGGUACUCUACCCUCAGAUUGGCGAUAAACUGGACAUUGUAUGCCCCCGAGUGGAUGGUGGGGUGGGCGAGGGAGUGGAGUAUUACAAGGUGUACAUGGUGCCCAGGGAGCAGUUGGAGAGCUGCACCAUUACCAAAGCGGACACACCGCUCCUCAACUGUGUCAAGCCUGAUCAGGACGUAAAGUUCACCCUCAAGUUUCAGGAGUUUAGUCCCAACCUAUGGGGCUUGGAGUUCACCAGGGGAUAUGAUUAUUACAUCAUCUCUACUUCAAAUGGCACGAUGGAGGGCAUUGACAACCAGGAGGGGGGCGUAUGUAAGACCAAGUCCAUGAAGAUGAUCAUGAAAGUGGGACAAAAUCCCGCUGACCCUAUUUCAUCCAAAGACAACCCUACCAGGGUUCCCUACUAUCCUAAGCACCCAGACAGUAAGGACAACCACAAAACUAAUGAAGUGCUAGAGAAGCCAGGUGCAGCAUCAAGGGAAAGCGAUGCAAACAACACAGGCGGGAAGUCGUCCAACAUCAUAGGUUCUGGGGUGGCCAUCUUUGUCAGUAUUGCCUCAGGCAGUGUCAUUUUUAUCAUCAUCAUCAUCAUGCUGGUGCUGCUACUGCUUAAGUACCGGCGGCGUCACCGCAAGCACUCGCCACAACACGCAGCUACCUUGUCUCUUAGCACCCUGGCCACGCCUAAGCGAAGCGGCAGCGGUGGGAACAAUAAUGGCUCUGAGCCCAGCGACAUCAUCAUCCCUCUCAGAACUGCUGACAGUGUCUUUUGCCCGCACUACGAGAAGGUCAGCGGUGAUUACGGCCAUCCGGUCUACAUCGUCCAAGAGAUGCCACCGCAGAGCCCUGCCAACAUAUAUUACAAGGUCUGAAGAAGAACUAUUGAAAACAUACGACAUACUGGACCAAUCCCAGGCCGGAGAUGGGCAGGUUUAUGGUUUCAGCUGGCACAGUCACCACGUCUGGAAACACACACCCUCGCCCUUUCUCACUCAUUCCCGCAAGCCCUCACUUCUGAUACUUUUUCAGUUGUAUUUUUGUCGUCAACAUUAGAUUAUACGUACUUCCUCUGUUCUAUUCACAAUGAGUUUGGUGGAAGCCUCAAAAAUUGCUUCUGCUGCUACUUUUUGGGGCUUGAGGGGAGAGGAGGAAGAAAUCCGCCCAAUCUUUUUCCCCUUUCUUGUUUGUGCACAUGUGGCUAGCAUGUUAGACAGCUUGAUGUGUGAGGUCAGAGAGUUGAGAGAAAUGAAAGUGUUUGUUUUCUUUUGCUCGGACGGGAAGGACAGAUGGCUGUGUGGAUGUGAAAGAUUCUUUGUAAGAGAGAAGGGUUAUUUGACCUCAGACUACUGCUUGAAAAAAUACAAAACGAGCUGUAAAGAGAUCGCAGGAAAGGUAACAGAGAGAGAGAAUGACCAUGAACUCACAAAGUGGCUACCCACCUUUAUGUUCACUGGCUUGACUGACUAUUUGGAUUCUCCAGGUGAACAAGGAAAGGGGGAUACAUUCUUGCACCAACCCGCUGUGGGACUUUCUUGACUGACUCACAUGUAUUAACCAAACACUCUGGCAGCCAUGCAUAUGCCCACCUACUACAACAAAUAUCCAUCGAUGCAAACUGUUUGGGUUUUUAUUGUGGAUUAUGUUAUAUUUCCUCAUUUCUAGGUAUUGUGCCACCAAAUCCACUGCUCACACGUUACUUGAAGGUAGUAUCCGGUCUGUGUCCCAUCCUUGUUGUAUUUGAUCCCGUGAGGUUUUCAUAUCCCGGUGUACCUUUGUGCACAUUGAGGCUGAAUUCAUCCUUCCGAGCCCAUAUGUUAUAUGUAACAUUCAAACGCAAUUGGGGAAGCAAGUGUGUUCAAGAUAUAGGUUGGGAGUGAGGAUGGUCACGUGACAGGUCUGUUCAAAGACAUGCCUAAGGAGUUGGAGGGCUUUACAAACAAUGAGCAGCACUUUUAACGCUGUUUUGGUACCUGUACUCUUCUUAGAAGUCUAGCGAUAAAUCGUGAUAAGGAGAUAUCGGGGAUCAUCUGUAUCCUGCAGCGUUAGUAUUCAUGCUGCGUUCAGACCGGCUGCGUUGUGUCGCGUCGCUUGCGCUACGCCCGUCUACACUAUGACUCUUUUGUGUUCACACUGACCUCUUACGUCGCCAAAAGUUGAAGUCUGCAUACCCCACACAACUUCCAGUUCAGGCACACUAACAAUAAGUAACACAAUGACUUUAAUCUUGUGAUUUACUUCAAUCUCCUAAUAUUACACCAAAAGUAGUUUUUGUUGAUACAAACCUUACGUCACCAAGCGUCUCAGCCCGUGAAACCAAACAACAAGUUCACGUAACUCAAAAAAUAAAUAAUAUAACAACUUGAAUCUCCUAAUAUUAUGAUUUUAAUCCUGUAAUACUACAAUGUAAUGUAUGACCCACAUGAAUCAUAUUUUGACCAUUCUUGUAGUCAUAUUCUUUUGUCUUUGUUUUUGCAACUACCCCUUCUUGUUAGGGUAUGCGAAAUGAAAAAUGACCCCCCACCCCAUCACCAUCCCCAACGGCCCUAACCCAGCAGACACACACACAGACACUUUUUUGGGUCGCAUCUUUGGUUUUUAGUAUGCUAGUGAUACGGCUGAAACGAAUGAUCGUAUUUUUAAUUGAUUAAUUGGAUGAUUAAUCAAUUAACCAGAUAAAUGUCACUUUUUUAAAUUACCUUAACAGUUUCACUUGAAGUUGUCUUAGGCAUGUUGGAAGUAACAAUGAAGACAAAAUGAAAGACCAGUUCUUUCAAAAAUACAAUAUUUAAUUACAGCUCCUGAUUUAACUGUUGUCUACAUCUGUACUGUUUUAAGUACAUACAAGUUGUUCAAGUUUUAAUAAAUGUUCUGAGUAUAAAACAUAAAAAUAAUUUCUGAGUGCAAAAGAAGUCCUGUUAAUUCAAAUUUAAAAAAAAAAAAAAAAAGUGCAGCUGAUUGACUUCUUUUCCCCUGUGGGCAAAGCACUGAUAUAAAUUGUGUCAAUGACUCACUUAUUUUCUUUAAACAAACUAAACAACAAAAUCGAAUAAGGAGGAGGCAGACUGUCAUGAACAGUUGUUCAUAAAUACAAUGCAAAUCCAAUUUCAAAGCACACUGUUGUUUGACAAUUUUCAGUUUGAAGGGGACUUUGAAUGACUUUGAGCUGUUAUAUGAAUAGGUUUAUAUGUGUAGUUUAUUUAUUUAAAAAAAAAGAAGAAGAAAUUAGACAACUUUACGAUGUAACAAUAAUUCGAAUGCUAAUAUGCUUCUACAAACAGAAUACAAAUGGACAAUUAAGACAUUGAUUAGCAUAAUCGCUAACUAGAUUAGCGCUCCGUGCUAAGUGGUAACGUCUCAUCAACAAAGAAUACAACUGGCUUCAUAUUCACCUCUGACGGAGGCAAGCUGGAUCUAACACACACGACUCAUGGCAAUCUAACUCUUGCGUAAAUAUUAUUGAUUCAGCAACUACACCUGACUGUAGCAGUGAACUUACUCUCUCUGUCUCGCUCUAAUUACGAGCACACGCACAGCCUCACAUUACACACAAUCAAAGACCCAAACAUGCCUGCCCAUAGCUGCCGGCAAAAAUCAAUAAUCAAAUUUGUUGGCAAAAAUCCUUUGACUUUCGUUAAAAAAAAAAAAAAAAACAGGAGUUGAAAUAAUUUUGACUGGGGAUUCCUUGUGACAGCGCCCCCUGUCGGCUCGCGCCCAAAUAUGGCGAAUUCGCGGCUCAACGUGUAGUUGUGCCACUGUUGAGAAAACAUAUUUGAUAUGCUGCUUUCUCAUCUGUCGCAGAAAGAUGGAUCCAGCUUUCUUGUCUUCGGCACAAAAAUUCAACGUGCAGCAUCGCGGGGCAGGGCCUAUCUGUUCAAACUGGCAUGUCAUGAGGCUGCCCGUCGCUCUUCCACACGUGAUUACAUUGACUUUAUAUGGGAACCCAUUGCGCGACGAGAAAAAUGCGACCGGUCUGAACGUAGCGUAAUCUAAGCUCUGUGAAACCUGAGCUUUAAGCGGGAAAUUGUUUAGGGCAAUAAGAAAUCCAACUUGCCUUAGUGUCGUUAUUUUACAUUGGGUGAAGAAAGGUCAUGAUAGGCUACUUUGUACAACACAGGUUAGCAUAGCUGCUUGAAACAGCUCUACUGUAGGUACUCUCAUUGUUUACUCUGGACAUCUGAUGACAGGGCAUAUCAGGCCCAAAUAAGAUGGCCAGUGCUUAAAUAUAUGUUAUAAACCGGGACAUACUUAUCAUUUGUAACAGUUUCUUCAUCCUCAUCGGAAUUUCUAUUUCGAGGGGCUUUACUUAAAAUGAACGACUUGACAAGUCAAAACUAGUGUGCAAACAUUUGACUUGGAGUGUACAUCAUCAAAACUCAUAUGAACAAUCUAAAUAUGGGAUUUUAUUCAUGAUAUACUGUACACCUAGAGCACAGGCAUGGAAAGAGAUAUUAAUAUAUUAUGGUAUACGUGCACAUUAUGCAACCUAGAUCUUGUAUUAUUUGAUAUGCUUCAAGUCCUGCAAUUUCAUGAUCUCCAGGGCAAGCAGGGCCAGGUGAGGCAACAGGGACCCUUGGCUCUUAUAGAGCAGAGUAGCUUGUCUCUUUCACUCAGUCACUGUAGCAUAUACUGUAUUUCAUAAACACACAGUGCCCCUAAUUUUUUCACAACGCAUCCUUGAUGUCGUCGUUUCUUGCGUGUGCGUGUGAUUGUGUACUACAUUGUGUAUUACAAUGAUUUCACAAAUCUUCAGCUUACCAUCACAUAUGUGUACAGUGCCCUAUCUAUCUCAUGAAUAACAUCAAAUUUCACCGAAAAGCCAAGCCCAAUAUAAGGUUUGUGCCUCUAAGAGGCUACAAAUUCAGCAAAUAUGCAAUUAUUUAUUUUUUUAACCAAUUCUGAUAUUAAAAAUACACCCAUGGGAAGUGUUCUUAACCACUGAAAGAUGUAUCAAAGGAUUGUCUCCAACAAGCCCGCUGUUAAAGCGGAAGUUCAGAAUUUUCGACAUAAGGCUUCAUCUUUGAGUUAAUGGGGGGAUUAAAAGGCCGGUGGAGUUGAUUUCAACAAAUUCCUGCGCAGUUUGUCAGUUAUUUAUUAGUUUCAUGACUCCGGAGUGCUAAGCUUGCUGGGGUCAAUGGUCCUGCCUUAGCAUUUCAAUAAAAAACAAUAUUAACAAUUAGUCAAAGAAAUUCAAAAUACAGAUCAUUGUUCCAAAUAUUCAUGCGGCCAAAAUAAUGUCACAGCAAACUGCCGCAAAUUAUUUCAUUCUGCAGGACAAUCUUUUUAGAUGCGCAAUGCCACUCCAAUAAAGAGUGCUUUGGCCACUCGUGCUCAUGCUGCAUUCGAGGGAGGUGGGAAUCCCCACUCAGAUGGUACCUGUUGCGACCUCAAGGCGUUCCAAGUGAAUGUAAGCAGCAAGAUGGCUGAUGACGACAAGUUGCUUUUUUUUAUUUUGGCCAUCAAAACCUUCGGCAAACCUGCCUUCCCGUAGGCGAUCAAAUAAUGGAGUAAAAACGACAACGAAGGUAAAUAGCAUACACUGUAAACUUCCUACUUUAGUUUUACUAUUGACGGUCUGCUUUUCGACAAGCAGUGUAAAUUUGGUCGAGUGACAUCAGAUUGAAGCAACCCGUAAAGUCGGUACGUUUUUUUCCCCCCGACUCCGCGACUACAGCCUCCCAGUUCGAGUGGCUUUCCAAUGAUAUUUUUCCUGGUCGGAGUUUGGAAAACUCUGACUUCCCACCUUCCUCGCAUGCACCAUCAGUGUACUAAGUAUUGACUGAAGAAUGGCAUGAAAUGUGCAAUUAAAGGCUGUGGGCAAAGGAAAGUUUCCAAAACAUUUCCUAUGAAGAAGAAGGAACACUAUAAACUGUGGUUACUUGAUGCUGGCUAUGACAUGAACACAUUGGUGGAAAAAAUACCACUCUGUUCUACAGCCUGUUCCCUGCAGAGCUCCUGGAUUACAAAUGUUGCCGUUCAUACUACAGUUAUUGACAUGCAAUGGUAAGUUUUAAUAACUAUCUUGAAAACAUAGCCAACACUAUUGAUUGCAUGGGUCAUCAGUGAUUUUCAUGUGUGCGUAUGUUGUUUUUUAAUGGCAGGACCAUUGGCUUGCGCUAGCUUAGCCACUCCGGAGCCUUGAAACCAACUCCCCCGACUAAUUAAACCCCCGCUAUCGCAAAGACUUAGCCUAAUAUAAAAAAUUCUGAACUUUCCCUUUAAAUUCUGUUCCCCGGAUAUUCUUCUAUUUUUGUUUUGCCGUUGCACAAACGUUUCGCUGUGAAAAACUGAACAAUUCAAAAUGUAUAACACCUAAACAGAUAUCUAAGAAAGACACAUCACAAACAAGCUUUUUAGUUGCUGUAUAUCAGCAGCAGAAUAUGACAAUCUUACUGUAUUUGUUUCUUUGAAUCUGGCGUCCUUUUCUUCGCUGCCACUGAAAUAACUCUCCUAACACUUUGGUUUGAAUGCGACUGAACGUCAAAAAGAGGCUGCGGGAGUCUUACCGAGUCAGUGGGGAAAAGCACGUCACGUUCCUGUAAAAUGCCUUGCUUGAAUGCUCAGCCCUUGGUCACUUGACUCAGAAUUUUUGCACCUCUCCUCUGUUGGUAAGAAACUGUAAAUACAUUGAUGUUUGUAUUGUAUAUGGAUCCUGGGUUGCUACAAUAGCCUUAUUCACCUUUUUAGGAAAGGAAAUAGAAAAAAAAAGUUGAGAAAAAAAAUGAAACACUUCGGUAAAACAGAGCAUACUACUUUUUGGUAAAUAGCUUAUGUAAAUAUUGAUGAGAACACAAGAAAACAUUUUUAUAAACUCUUCAAAGUCAAAAGUUUUUGUAUAAAAUUUGAAUUUUUUGCUAAUGUAUUUUAGCUAGCGUCAAUGGAAAGUGUCCUCCCCACUCCCUCCCCUUUUGCACUGUUUCCAUAGUAAUUUGGUUUGGGAAAAAAUAGAAAGCAAAACUUUGCCAAACUGACUGCUGCAUAUUUGUGCCAUAAGUGUGUACCAUAAAUAUUUAUUGUUUUUUUGUUUUGUUUUGAUUUAAUAUUUUAAUCCAAUUUGUCAGCAACUAAGUAUUAUAUUUGAAAUGUCCCCCCCAACUUCCAAACCUUUUUGUUUUUCAUUGUCCUCUCAUGGUUACUGGGUAGUUGUACCUCUUUUCUCCCGUCAAAAUUGAGCUAAAUAGGAUGUGGGGGGAAAAAAUGUUUCAUGUUUCAAAUCUGGAAGAAAAAAGAAUCUAAAUCAGGAUAUAUGACACACAUUCCACCAGUCUGUUACCCAAUGCAAACUUUUUCAAUAAAAAAACGUUUUUCCUAUGGAAAUGCUCUUCAUUUUUAUUGACUCAUUGUAAAAAUCCUCCUCUAAUUGCAUUCUUACAAUGUAAACUGUUUUCUUUUCCUUCCGGCUUUUCCCAGGAGGGCAAAGGUUAAAGUGCUCCAUCAUAAUAAAGGAAAUCUGUCAGCAUGGGGCGUUAGAGGUAAAUCCCAAGAUUGACGCAGAUCAGAAGGGGAAACGGAAAUAUGGGGUUGGGUAUGGGCUGAUAUUUGUACCAUCAGAAACUUAAUUUGAAAAUGCUAA